AUGGUUUUGAAGGUUUGGAAUGAGGACCUGAUCCGCGCCUUAGUGGCGCGCCAGCAGCGAGCCCGAGCCGAUAAUCACCAUGACCAACAUAUGUACCGCCUGGCAGUCGUGGCCCUGCAAUCACAGCGAAAAGAUAUCAAGAGAAGAAGCGACGGACUCAUUACGAAUCUUCCGCCGUUCUCGGAACGAAUCAAACAGCUUUGUGAGCGCAUUAUCCACGGACAGGAGGAGGUGAUCACGCCGGACUUGGUGCAGUAUGAUCCAGAACAUAACGACGACCAUGGGCAUGCAGAUGCAGUGGCGGAGUUGGUCGCGGAAGAUGUAGCCACCUUUGUUCGCGACCGCAUGAAGUACGGUGACGAGGGACACGCUCGGAGCGUCGUUCAGCUGCGACCGGGUCAACAUCACGUCUUUUGCCAUUACCUCCGCAUCUACUUCCUCGUCGCGAAGUCGGCAACUCUCGAGUAG